AUGGCAGAAGGGGUUCUCUUCAAGAUUGCUGAGGGAAUGAUUGGGAGUUUGGGCUCCUUGGCUUUCCAAGAGAUCAAACUCUUGUGGGGUGACAAAGAUGAGCUGAGCAAGCUCAUGAGCACGGUUUCAACAAUCAAAGCUGUGCUCUUGGAUGCGGUGCUCUUGGAUGCGGAGGAGCAGCAGCCUGGAAACCACGCUGUUGGAGAAUGGCUCAUCAAACUAAAUGAUGCCAUUUAUGAUGCAGAUGACUUGUUCGAUGAUUUGUCUACUGAAGCCCUGUUGCGAGAGAAAGAGCUACGCAUACGCAUGUUCUUUUCCAAAUCAAACCAGCUUGUCUAUGACCUUAAAAUGGGCCAUAAGAUUAAGGCGAUUAGAGAGACUGAGAGAGAGAGUGUGAUAGGAACUAGGAAGGCAAUUAUAGAACGUCUAAUGGAGUCCAACUCUGGAGAGAAUGUUUCAAUCCUUCCGAUUGUUGGUAUUGGUGGAUUAGGAAAGACUGCACUAGCUCAACUCAUAUUCGGCGAUGAGAAAAUUGAAAAGCAUUUUCAGCUAAAGAUGUGGGGUUUAGAUGAAGUCGCGUCGUGGUCAUUGUUUAAGCACAUGGCAUUUGAGAAAGGCCAAGAGCCGGAGAAUUCCAGCAUUGUGACAAUUGGAAAGGAGAUUGUAGAAAAAAAUGAUAUCAAGAAGUUGCCCGAGUCUAUAACCGGGUUGCAAAAUUUGCAAAUGCAAAGGCUAUCCUUCUGUUUCAGUCUUGAAGAAUUGCUGAGAGAUAUUAGCAAAUUAGUCAACCUCAGGCAUCUUGAGAUUGAUGAGUGUAAAGCUUUGACUUAUGCCAUGUAG